UGUCUAGAUUGUGCUGCUUGAGAUUCCAGGUAGAUAAGCCAAAUCAUACCUUUAUUGGUGUAAUGAUCCAAAAUGCUCUGGAUAUUUACCAACUUGUUUUUUUACCUUUUUGGGAAAAUUUAUAUAAAUUUUUUUCACACCCCACCACCCACCUUUAACCCUUAUAUAUAGCUUCAUUCAAGUUCAGAUUUCUCAUAGCACCUCACCCUGCAUAUAUUUUUCAUUAGUCUCUUCUUAACAAUUUCCAGAGUUAUAUUAGGAUAUACAAGAGAAAACAUCUCUUCCGUUCACUCCAAAUCAUCAAGCAAAUUAAGCAUUACAUUUUGAACUUCUUGAAUAUGGAAAGAGUGAUGAAGUUGGGAGCAGAAAGUCCAGUGGUAAUUUUCACCAAGAGUAGCUGUUGCAUGUCUCACACCAUCGAAUCCCUAAUUCGUAAUUUUGGGGCAAACCCUACAGUUUAUGAGCUUGAUGAACUUUCCAAUGGGAUUGAAAUGGAGAAUGCACUUGUUGAAUUAGGGUGUAAGCCCAGUGUGCCAGCAGUGUUCAUAGGGAAAGAGUUUGUUGGUGGUUCUAAUGAGGUAAUGAGCCUUAAUUUGAGAGGCAAUAAGCUAAAACAAUUGCUUAUAAGGGCUAAUGCAAUUUGGGUAUAAACUAUAUUUACCUUCUACAUGUGAGUUUAGAAAUAUAGGUAGCUAGCCGGUUAUUGAGUAUUUUUGUCAACUGGUAGGUGUUACGUUUCUCUUUUCUCCCGUUAAUUUAUACUUUCUGUAUUUGUAAACUUUUUGAGUAAUAAUAUUAGCAUCUUUUUAUUAUACUAGCUAUA